AUGUUUCAACUUUCAGUGGUAUCGGAUUUAAUACGAAUCCCACCACACCUUUUCAACCUACCUCGAGAUAUAUCCAUAAAACAAGAACUGAAUGUUAAACAUGCAAACAAAAUCAUACCGAAAUUAGGACUAGUCAUAUCAGUGUAUGAUCUGAUAGAAUACGAUACAGGGUUAUUCAGACCUGGUGAUGGAGCGAUGUAUGUGAAUGUGAAAUGCAGACUACUAAUUUUCAAACCUUUUAUUGGAGAGGUGAUUUCAGGGUGGAUCGAAAAAUGUACAGCCGAUGGAAUCAAAGUAAACAUUGGUUUUUUUAAUGACAUAUUCAUACCUAAGGCACUACUGUUUGAGAGUAGCUACUUUUCGAUAGAUGAAAAUGCAUGGAUCUGGAAGAUGGAUGAAGACACAACCCUUUAUUUGGACAUAAAUGAAAAAAUCAAUUUUCGGAUUGAAGAAGAGGUUUUCACCAAUGUCAAACCGAAAGGUCCGGUAAGUAGUACUGAAAGCACCAAUCAACCUGAAAAAGAACAAACUCCACCAUAUGCCUUGAUUGCAUCCUGUCAAACUGAUGGUAUGGGAUGCUGUAGCUGGUGGGAAUAG